ACAGUGCGAGAAACUAGCCACGUGCCGUACAAGUUGUGUUGUCCUCCACGUGCAUCGAGGAAGAAAACACAUCGGGCUGCUUUUGACACUGUCGUUGGUGAUACCUUUAAAACUGGGGAACUACUGUUAUUCCUAGAAUAAAGUGAUGGUAGCUUCAGAGAAUUCAGUGGCAGCAGACAACAGCAGCCCGGAAGAUGAACUAAAACGAAGGAAAAGAAAAAUAUCCUUGGCAAACUGUAACUUGUGCGGUUCAAAUGAGGCACGAUAUAGAUGUCCUGGAUGUUUCAAACAGACAUGCAGCUUGUCCUGUGUGAGAAAGCACAAGGAGGAUUCCGGAUGUCGCGGCGUUCGAGACAAGACUGCCUUCGUGGCCCUCUCCCAGUUUGACGAACUGAACCUUCUCAAUGACUACAGAUUCCUGGAGGACACUGGGCGAAUGGCAGGCAGCUCCAACAGAGACAAGCUCGCCAGUGUUCCUGCUGUCACGCAAAGAAUCAAGACACUUUCGGCUCAAGCUAGGAAGCUGAGCAUGACGCUGAAGUUUCUGCCCAUCACAUUCACCAAGAGCAAGGAGAACUCCACCAUCUUCCUGAAGAAAGAAAAAAGGUUUUACUGGCGUCUGAAGCUCUUGUUCCCUCAAAGUGAAUGCGAGUUUGUUGAAAGAAGGGUUUCAGACGAGCAAACUCUCGAGCAGAUCCUGACCUGCUACAUCCACCCCGCGGAGUCGGAGCCAGUGAGACGUCAAAAAUUGAAGAUGUACGUGCGCAGCCCCUUCGACCACGUCAGAGUCUUCAUGAAAGCCGAGGGAAGGCAGGCCAACUCUGUAAGGUACCAGGAGCUGGACAUGACGAAGAGCCUGAGGGAGAACCUGAAGUUUAAAACGGUCAUCGAGUACCCGGUGUUUCACGUCGUUCUCGAGGACCACUGCCAUAACUACCCGCUGAAAGGACCAGCGUGGAGGGUAUCGCCGGGCAGCGGCCGGAGGGAGGGCACGGCGGACCCGUCGCGGCCCCGUCCGGGGCUCGGCGGCCCCGGGGCGGCCCCGGAAGCGAGCCCAGACGCCGGGCCUCCACAGGAGAAGAAACCCAAGAGGGAGCCCGUGGACGAGGAGCUGGAGGAGGGAGAGAUUCGAGAUUCCGACGACGGCGGUGGGGGCGAGGACGACGAGGAUGACGGUGGUGUGAAAGAUGCGAACGAUAACGUCGCGAGUGAGGCGUGUGGUGUCGACGCUGUGGGCGGCUCAGAGGAGGGGGGUGAUGGGAACAUGACGAGUAAAGAGGGUGGGGAUGAGCCUCACUCUCUUAAUGAGCCUGCUGGUGAGAAUGACAGCCAUGUUGUAAAAACUUGUGAGGAACAAACUCAAAGCAUUUAGACCGGUUAUGAAAUGCAAUGCUUACUUCUACCACUCAAUAUUGUUCUAGCUAGCUAUACGAAUAUAUUUUGUCAUUCGUCGCCUUGACUUUGCACAAUGUCUAAAUGUUUUCUGUAAUAAAUGCCAACAAUAUCAAAACA